AUGUCACUGUCAGCAGCUGCAAAUAAUAUAUCAGAUAAGGAUUUCCAAAAUAUUGGACCUGCACCUUUACCUCCAAGUGCAGGCAAAUCAACCGCCAGUACGGCUGCCUUUAAUCAAACUCAACCAAUCUCUAAAAUGAUGAAUGGACUAGAUAUCAACCACAGGACAUCAAUACCAGUAGGAAACCAGCGAGUUGGUCCUCAUUCGUUAUCCACAGUGAGAAGAAAAACUGGUUGGGUCUCUUACAAAGAUGAUGGUCUUUUAUCAUUUCUUUGGCAAAAAAGAUUUUUAGUAUUGAAUGAUUCAUAUUUGGCUCUAUACAAAAAUGACAAAUCCCAGGAUGAUCCUUCAUUAUUAAUAUCUCUGACAAGUAUCGUUAGUGUCAGUAGAACUCAAUUGAAACAGAAUUGUUUUGAAUUAGUACGUAGCAGCGAAAGAAACUCUUUUACAAAUUCUAGCAAUAAUUCUUUGUCAUCCUCAAAUUCCUCUUCUGAUUCUUCCAAGAAGGCUAUUUAUGUUGCUGCAAAGACAGAACAUGAAUUACAUAAUUGGUUAGAUGCGAUUUUUGCCAAAUGCCCUUUAUUAGGUGGUGUUUCAUCACCGACAAAUUUUACUCAUAAAGUACAUGUCGGCUUUGAUCCAGAGACUGGUAGUUUUGUUGGUAUGCCAACCAAUUGGGAAAAAUUAUUGAAACAUUCACGAAUUACUGGUGAAGAUUGGAAUAAUGACUCUGCUGCUGUCAUUCAAGUACUUCAAUUUUAUCAAGAAUACAAUGGCAUCAAUCCCAAUAACAAUAAUGCAACUACUAAAGCAAAUGUAGGUAUCAAAGGAAGUAUACCAUCUAAACCUCAACAAACAAAAUCACAACCAUCCGUCAGUAAAUUACCAAAGUCAUCCCUCGAUCUUACACAACAAAAUUAUCAAAAAAAUGUUCUUCAAAAUAAUAAUAUUCAACAACACGAGGAAUUUCAACCAAGAAGACAUGCUCCUAUGGCUCCGAAAGCAAGUACUCCAACUGGUUCUCAGAAGACUCCAACGCAACAUAAUCUUCAAAACAGAUUAGACCCACAGUAUUCUGCAAAUCAUAGCGUUCCUCCGCCAAGAGCUCCAGGACGUCAAUCACCUUUCAAACUACCAACUGCAUCUCAAAAUUACCAAUCAUCAUCUCAACUUCAGCCUCAAACGCACAGUCAACAAAAUACUUAUAAACCUUAUCACAAUAAUACAAAUCCUUACUCAAAAUCCGAAAUAUCACCAAUUAGAGAUAACGUAGCUCCUCGUAUCCCCCAAAUCUCAACUGCAAAAUUGCAAAAUAAAUAUACUCCACAAAGAAGCCCUAUUUCACCUUUUGGUGAGAAAUCAAAGGCCAAUCCAAAUGAUAUGAGCGUCAAGGCUGCUGCGAUGUCAAUGAAACAAGAUUUACACCCAACAAGAGCUGCUCCUAAGAAACCUACAGUAGCACAGUCCGAACCUAAGAAAGAUGUUGCCGUUACUAAACAGAGAAAACCAUCUAAACCUACCAUGUCUAAUGCUGAGAUAAUGAGCAAGUUGAAAAAUGUCACGUUCAAUACUGAUCCUUCACCAUACUUUAAAAUGAUCGAAAAAGCGGGACAAGGUGCAUCAGGAUCUGUAUAUUUAGCCGAACGUGUGUAUCUACCACCAAAUAUCAAUAAUCGUUUAAGCAGAUAUCAAAAUGGUGAUCCUACAAAUGUUAGCAUUGGUGACAAAGUAGCUAUUAAGCAAAUGAUUCUUUCGAAACAACCCAGAAAAGAACUUAUCGUUAACGAAAUCCUGGUAAUGAAGGAUUCGCGCCAUAAGAAUAUUGUUAAUUUCUUGGAAGCAUAUCUAAAGACUGAAGAUGAUCUGUGGGUCGUCAUGGAAUAUAUGGAAGGUGGAUCUUUAACAGAUAUUAUUGAAAAUUGCCAGGCUAACACAACAUCUCACUCGCCAUUAAUGGAACCACAAAUUGCAUACAUUGUUCGUGAAACUUGUCAAGGUUUAAAAUUUUUGCAUGAUAAGCAUAUUAUCCAUAGAGAUAUAAAAUCUGAUAAUGUUUUAAUGGAUACACAGGCGCGUGUAAAGAUUACUGAUUUUGGGUUCUGUGCUAAAUUAACGGAUAAAAGGAGUAAGAGAGCCACUAUGGUAGGUACACCAUACUGGAUGGCUCCAGAAGUUGUAAAACAGCGUGAGUACGAUGAAAAAGUGGACGUCUGGUCAUUGGGUAUUAUGACUAUUGAAAUGUUAGAAGGUGAACCUCCAUACUUAAAUGAAGAUCCAUUGAAGGCAUUAUAUUUGAUUGCUACUAACGGAACCCCAAAAUUAAAAUAUCCAGAGACAUUAUCUCUUGACAUCAAAAGAUUCUUGAGUGUCUGUUUAUGUGUGGAUGUUAGAUAUAGAGCUUCGACAGAGGAACUACUUCAUCAUAAUUUUUUCAACAUGGCCUGCCAACCUGAAGAACUUGUAUCGUUAUUGGAAUGGAAAAAAUGA